GAGGUGCAGCGUAGCGCCUGCGCAGAAGAGGGUGUGUUUUUUUUUUCCCCCUUCUUCUUCGUCUUUGUUGUUUACUUGUGUAUCAGCUGACUUGGUGCUUUCAAAGGCCAAGUUUACGCAAAGAGGGAGAGGAGAUGAUAAGGCAGAGGACGAAAAGGGGGAACGACAAGCCCCGCAGAGAGAGUCUGCGUGCGACCAUGAAAAGCCUGGGAAGAAUAGAGACUAAUUGGGAGAGCGACGCUGUUGCAUAUACACAACACGUCUGCUAUCACUGCACAACUCGAAUAACAGACCCACAGACUUCCCACGCGCCGUGAGAAAACAAUUUCUUUACGUGUCGUCUAUCGUGUCUCGUGUACGACUACCUACUGACGCUCUCAAAGUUUAAUCCUUUCUAAUCGUCGAGAUUAAAUUGGUGUUUUUCUUCGUCUGCAGUCCAAGAUAAAUGUACUCCUUUGUAUGAGUGUAUUCAUGCAAGUGCUCUCCCGACUUCUGUUCAGAAAACUCGCUGCCUGUUACGAAACAAACGCAUAGAAGAAUUUCCUGUGAUGUUACUGCGUAUGCUGAAGCGCACAACAUGCGUGUCCAGGAGUCUGUUUACAGAUGCCAACAACUCGCAGAUUUCUGCUGUCGGUGCCUUAGUGAAAGAGAAAGCGAGCGUUGAGGAACAAAACAUACUGACAGAUACUUUCGGGCGAUAUCACACAUAUUUACGGAUAUCACUGACAGAAAGAUGCAAUUUGAGAUGUCAGUAUUGUAUGCCGGAGGAAGGUGUCACUUUAACAAAGAAAGAAAAGCUGCUGACUAUGGAUGAGAUCAUCUACCUGGCUGAACUCUUCGUUAAACAAGGAGUUAGGAAAAUAAGACUGACUGGUGGUGAACCUACUGUCCGGAGGGACAUUGUAGACAUUGUUGGUGCCUUGAAAAAAAUAAAAAAUCUGGAAAGUGUCUUAAUGACAACCAAUGGCCUGAUGUUGACAAGACAGCUGGUUGCCUUGCAGAGGGCAGGGCUUGACGGUCUGAACAUCAGCUUAGACACCCUGCAGUCCCAACGUUACAACCAGAUCACGAGGAGGAAAGGCUGGGAGCGUGUUAUGGCUGGCAUAGAUCUAGCAUUACAACUUGAAUACGACCCUGUGAAGAUAAAUUGUGUUGUAAUGCGAGGUUUUAAUGAAGAUGAGGUGUGCAGUUUUGUGGAGUUAACAAAAGACAAAAAUGUCGAUGUAAGAUUUAUUGAGUACAUGCCUUUCAGCGGCAACAAAUGGAAUGAUGGGAAGAUGGUCUCAUUUAGUGAAAUGCUCCAAAUAAUUAGAAAACAGUGGCCUGAUUUUGAACCUCUUCCCAAUGGACCCAAUGAUACCUCAAAGGCAUACCAUGUUCCGGGAUUCAAGGGACGUGUGGGAUUUAUUACCUCAAUGAGUGAACACUUCUGUGGCACAUGCAACCGUUUACGGAUAACAGCUGAUGGAAAUUUGAAGGUGUGUCUCUUUGGGAAUUCAGAAAUAUCUCUCAGAGAUGCAAUACGAAGCAAAUGCAGUGAGGAUGACUUACUUGCCAUGAUUGGGGCAGCAGUGCGAAGAAAGAAGAAACAACAUGCAGGUGGCACUGAACUUGAUGGCUGCAGUGAUGUCGUGAAGGCACAAAGACGGAAGUUGUUAAACCUUCAGAAACAAGAUUUUCAAAUGUACUUCUUCUCAGAUACCAAUAUUCCGCCCCUGUUUGUGUCAGAUACACAGAUGUCUCAGUUGUUAUCACAUAAUUUGAGUGUAGUGACUGAAUCUAGAAAACAGUUUCUUUUGCUUCCCUGUACCUCAAGCAUUAUGUGCAAUGCAGGACUCCUAACAAGACAAAUGCACAGAGCACAGCCCUCUGUCUUCUCUCGCCGUUUCUGCAGUUCGGGAGCACAGUUCGGAAGUCUGACUCACGUCGACCGGACCGGCAGGGCGAAAAUGGUCGACGUGGGUUCGAAGCCGGUGACAGAACGGACUGCUACGGCACGAGCAAAGGUUUUUGUGGGACCCGAACUGAUGAAACUCGUACGAGAAAAUGGCCUGAAGAAAGGUGAUGUACUUAGCGUUGCUCGCCUGGCUGGAAUUGUGGGGGCCAAGCAGACGUCCAGCCUUAUCCCUCUGUGUCAUAACAUAUCUUUAUCCUCGGUGGCUGUGGACAUUGAACUGGACUCUGCUCUCAACUGUGUGAUUAUAACUGGCACGGCAAAGUGUAGAGGGCAAACGGGGGUGGAGAUGGAAGCUCUCACUGCUGUAUCGGUCUCUGCCUUAACAGUGUACGAUAUGUGCAAAGCUGUGAGUCAUGACAUUGUGAUAUCUGAAAUAAUGCUUCUGGCCAAAAGUGGGGGAACUAGAGGAGACUUCCACCGGACAUGAGCAUCUGUAUGGGUCAGUGAAAUAUGUUAAGUAUACCUGUCGUGUGAUGUAGGCAAAUUUCAAAUUCUGUUCGUAGUUAUCAUAAAUUAUAUACACAUCGAAUUGGCCUGAAUGUAAGUUGCACCUUUAAUUUCAAAAAAGAGAGAAACUUAAUGAAAAAUAAUCUGUCAGGUUACCCAUUUACAAAAGCUUUUCAAAAUGUGAUUACCCUUAACCACUUUUUUGUAUUACACUGUAGAUAAAUUACACAUAAAAACAAAGCUUUAAAUUGCAGUUUUCAUGUAAGACACUGUUAACUUCACUACCAGUUCUUGUUUCGUCAAUGUCAGUAUUUUUGUCACUCUCCUCCCAAAGUACAGUGCCGUCGCUACAAUCCCGGGCAUUGCACGUGCAGCAUUUCUUGAACCGUACCUUUAAAAAACACAUCUCUUAGAUGAAUAACUGUGAGUUUGAAAUUUGCAUCAUAACUGUACUGAAUUCCAAAUUUUCUCUCAAUGUUGUGCUUCAUUGGGGAAGAACAAAUUUUAUUCUUUAGUUAGAGAAAACUGUGCCUGUCCCAUUGUCUAAAAUAGUGAAACUGUGAGAAUGGUAAUACAGAAGGGUCCAGAAAAAUGUAGACUCUUUUAUAGUCAAUAUUGAUGGAACAAAAUGGCAUAGUGUCAAAAUUUUUGCAUGGGAGGAAGAUCAUUUUGUGUUUACAAAGUGACACCCAUUAGCAGCCGAGUAACAUUGAUGCUGCUGAAUUGUUGGCUGAAGUACAGUUGUCAGUGUGUCGAGGUCCCCCAUUGGUAGAAGUCGAGAACUGUAAGGUCUGGAGACCUUGGUGGGCACUUGACAGCUCCUCUUCGACUUAUUGAUCGUCCAGGUAGAUUUUCAUCUAAGUAGGAUCUGACAUCUCUGUAGUGGUGAGGCGGAGUGCAGUCUUGUAGGUAAAAAUCUUGUAUUUCCAAACACCUCUUGGAUGGCUAAUAAAAUCAGUGUUUGCAGCAUAUGAUACACCUCACCAGUUAUGUACCUUCAAAGAAGAAUGGGUCAGAGAAACAACGCUAUGACGGACCACACCACACAUUAACACCAAGUGAAGUAACAUGUUUGUCCUUGUGAAUAUGAGGAUUUUCAGCAGCCCAGUACACACAGCUAUGGCAGUUCACAAUACCGUUCAGGUUGCACCUCAUUAGGCCAGAUAACCUUCCCUGCAAACCAUUCAUCUUCGUGAAGCAUGCCUUCAGAUCACUUGUAGUGCUCCAUCCUUUGAUUCGGGUUGUCCUCAUUCAUAGUGUGAAACAAUCUUGAAAUGUACACUUUCCACUUUGCAGCCUUCAGAAUUUAUCAUGCACUUGAUCGGCUUACCCCACUUCCCCAUACACCCUGCUUCACAGAUUUUUGAGAUCUAGAAAAAUGUUGCAAUACAGCAGUGCUGGAAACUGGAGAUUGAUGUUCUCGGUCGGUGGACCUUUCCCUGUGCACAUUUUAAACAGUAUCGUCGACUUAAAAUUUAUUUCAAAUACAAUAAAUUGUUGUAUAUGUUGGUGGCUGAGUUCCAUACACAUUAUGCCAUUGCCAUUAUACCUGCAUCAUGUUUUCGUACUUACAGUACCACUUCAGUACAGCCUUGCAUUGCUCAAACAAUAGUUGUACUUCAUUCAGUGCUGCAUUGUCAUCUGCUGGAAACCCACGCAACAAGAUCUGUUGGGAAAACAGUGGAUUAUGCUACCACUCAAAAUUGCAGCCAUAUAACACUUUGUUCCAAAGGUAAUCACUCUCAGAGAGUGUCUAUAUUUUUCUGGAUCACUCUGUAGUCACUACCUAAAUGGGAUAUCAACAAAGAGAAUGUUUGCAUUGCUACCUCAUACGCAACUAUUGAUUUACAAACUGUAGUCAUAUUUUUGUUACAUUUCAAACUUAAGAAGUACUGCAGUUGAGGUUUCUGUGAUUAAUAAAAGUCCCAGUUUUUAUGGAGUGUGCAGUAUACUCUUAAGUUUUUUGGACAUUUUUUGUAGAAAUGGUGUAGCUUAUAUUCAGGCCAGUAUGGUACCUGUUUCCAUCCUGUUUUAAGUCUCAAUUCAAAAUAAUCUUUCUUUUUCCAAUACCUGAUUAAUUUGAGAGAGAUAUUUAAAACAAAUAAUAAGCCCUAGCAAGUACGUUAAUUUGCUACUGUCAAAACUUUUUCUCGUGCAUGUUCUCUACAAUUUUGAUAUGACACCACCUCCUCUCUUAUCCUGUUUCCAGUAAAGAGUGAGUAAGUAGGACAUUAGACACACUCUCUCUCUCUCUCUCUCCCCCCCCCCCCCUCUCUCCCCCCCCCCCCUCUCUCUCUCCCCCCCCCCCUCUCUCUCUCUCUCUCUCUCUCUCUCUCUCUCUCUCUCUCUCUCUCUCUCUCUCUCUCUCUCUCUCUCUCUCUCUGUGCCCUCCCCCAGCUGUGUGGUAGUGUCCUCUGUGUUUCUCUAUUGUUUCAAUUUUUUAUGGUCCUGUGCUGUGAUAAGUUGAGGUGAAGUGUUCAUUCUUAAAUAAAUAGUGUAUAUCAGCUCUUUCCUCCUAGGAUCAGGUUGACAUUGCUGUGUUCAUUGAUGUAAAAUGACACCUUUUAACAGUUCCUAAAAGGUGCACCACUUCAUUGACACUUGCUCAGGUGUAGAGCAUAUUGGCCAGGCUCAUUGACAUGUUUCAUCAUUAUGGUAUCCUCUUUUUUAAAGGCCUAUUAACUUUCUUGUGUGUGACUUGUCCAGAGAUUGAAAAUGUUUUAUUUUGUAAGUUACCAAUCCAGAACAGGUUUCUGUCAAUUUAAUUCUUCAGGUUUUUCCAGAAGUUUGCUGAAAUUCUCGAGUUGUCCUUUGCACAAUCGGACAUCAUUGUCUUCCUUUCAUUUUUUGGUGACAUUGCUUUUAUAAAGUGCUACUUGAGACUGACUGUCAGAUGGAGCAGGUCUGUAAUUUGUUCCCUCUGCCUUCCUGCUUCAUCUGCAAUCUGCUCUGACAGACCCCAUCCUCGGGUAUCUGUGUUGCGUGAUAUUCCGAGUGCCAUCUACACUCACUGCCACGAUCCUCGUGUGUUAUGUUUUCAGUCCAAGCUGGCUGGUAGAAUUCUGUUUGCGGGCUGUCCCCGUUUGGGGACAAGGAUCAGCAGGGCAUGAAACCCUAAUCUUUCAUCUUUCAGUUAACUCAAAUGCCGAGUGUCACUUUUUUCGCGUACUGCGGUUACAAAUAUAAGGAAAUACAAAAUGAAAAUUUCUCAACAUAGUCGUGCUUCUCAGUAUUUUUCUCAGAUCAGUACACUGCAAUGUAAAUAUUCCAUCAAAAGAAUAUAUUUUUGAUUGUUUCUUCAGUCAAAGAUGCAUUGCCUUUUUGACUUAACAAUCAAUGUCAAAUCAUUGUCCCUCAAACAAUCCUGCAGGGGUUUAACAACAUGAGACCAUGGCUUUAUGGAGAAUCACCUAGAAUUAGCUGCCGUCUUUUCUGACAUGAUUUUAAAUCAAUGCUAUCAUCACUGUUUCUUUUGCUUAGGGUUUUGAGUCUAGGAAUGUUGCAAACAAUCAGCAGUUUAUUUCUUUCUUUCGUGAUCUUUUUUCUCCUCCCUAUCCCCCUUUCUUCUUUCACUUGGUAGCCUUGAGCAAAUUGAAUAUUCCUGCUUUUGUUUGUUUUUAUUCAUCUGUUUGUGCCUCAAUUCUUAAAAGAAUUCAUAAUGACACUAAUACUCUGAAGCAGCAAAUUUGGGGAAAAGAGCUGCAUACAUUUAUGCUGUUGUAAAAUGCAGGAAUUGGUUGUAGGUGGAAAAAAAUCUGCCUUUUACAGCUGCUGAUUUUUAUCAUUUAUUUUAUGUAGCCCAUCCAUGAUUAUCUACAAUCAGUUAUUCCUUUUUAUGUUGUAUUUUUUUGUAAGAAUGUUGAAAUAUAGAUGAUUGUUAUGCAUGUUUGCAGCAGCUACUUCAAAUAUUGUACUUAAAAAUGUUAUUUGUUGUCUCUUUUAAAUUAAAUUGUUGUAUUUAAGAAGUGAAUUAAAUAAUUGUUAUCUGUGACAUAAUUUUGUAGCAGCUAAAAUUAAAUGUUGGUCUUCAAUAUAUUCAUUGUUAUAGUUUGGGGUAUGAUUGUUGUACUUAGAAAAUGAAUGUGUGCCUGGUGCACUGUGUUGUUACAGUAAUUUGGAGUUUAUUUUGUACAUCAUCUGGUGUAAAUUAUAAGGUAUUUAAUAAAGGUGAAAGUAAUAAUGCUGUU